GUCAGUUGAGUUACAGGGGAGGCUGGAAAUUCAUUGAUGCAAAUCAAACUAUUCUUUGAAUAUUAUUCAGAAUAUGAUAAUAAUAAUAAUCAUCAUUAUCUUCAUCUUUACCCAGUCAAUUAAAUUUAAUCCUGAUCACGUUUCCGAGUUUCUGGUUACCUCGGUGAUCAGUUUUGGACAUUUCGACAAAAUCGAUGACCAUUUGGUUUAACCAGGAAAAGGAAAAGUGUAACCAGAAAAUCAACACAACAGACCAAAGGUGAACCUUUUUAUUUGUAACAAUUUACUUGAUUAAGGUAACAAUUUAUCAACUAAUCAACGUUAUUCUCAUUAUCAUUAACAACAGUGUAUAAAUCUAAUUGUCUAAUCAACAGAUUAAAUCAAUAAUCACGCAACUAUUGAUAUUUAUGUUUUCCAAUUCAAAAUGAAAUUGUUAUUCUCAUUAUCUAAAUGUGAUCAACUAAUCAAAAGUGCAAUUUAAAUAUAACCUAAUCCAAUUUAGAAAUAAGUUAAGUGUGUAUUGUGUGUGUGUGUUGAAUUAAAUUGUUAACAUCAACAAUUUGGAUUUAAUGUGAUUUGUGUCUAUUAUAAAUUUGCGUGCAAUGGUUAAUCAACAAUCUAAAUCAAGUAAUUUAAAAAGUAAUCAACAUAAAGAAAGUUCUGACGAUGAGAUCGAGGAAUCAGAAUCGACGGCCUUAGUUAACGCUGAUAGAAAUGGUCAAUCUAAUGUUACAAAUCGUAAGAAAAAAAGGAAACGUAAAUCAAGUCGUGAAAGUAAAACCGAAUCAACUAAAUCAACAAUCACUGUGAAACAAUUAACUAAACCAUCAGCAUCUUCAUCUUCAUCUUCAUCUUCAAAUACAAAUGAACCUGUUAAGGUUAAAUAUCGUUCAGGUGAAUUAGUUUCUAUCCCUCGAGCUGAGGUACAAUUUGAAGAGCGAUCAAUUAAUGAUCCUGGCGAUGAAUUAUUGGCAGUAAUUAGUGAUGGUGUUAAUGAUUCUCAGGUAAUUAUUUCACCUUUAACUCGUAAACCAGCACCAGCACCUCGAUCAUUAAUUAAUCCAGUUACAGGUAACGGUAAAUAUGCAAAAAAAGUGAGUGAUUCUGAUGAAAAUGAUGAUGAUGAUAAUCAGAUUUUAUUGAAUAAAAAUCAACCAGAAAAUGAGUCGGACUCAACUUCAUUGACAACUGUGAGUCUGUCAAAUAAUAGUAAAUCAAGUCCGCCUGAUGAUGAUGAUGAUGAUGACGAUGAUGAUGAUGAUAAGAAUGAGAAUAGGAAUAGGAAUAAUUUAAAUCAACCUUCACAAUUAAUCUCACAAUCAAAAAGUUUCUUAGAAAACACUGUUGAUAUAAAAUCGUCAACAAUGGAUUCCAAAGAUCAACAAUCAACAUCUUCUAAUGUUAAAAGUAAAAAAGAUGAAAAGAAACAACCAGUUAACUCAACAAUCAAUUCUAACAAUUUAAAUUCUAACGCUAAAAAUAGUAAUCAAAUUAAAAAUGGUGAUAAAGUUAUUAAUGGAAGUGAAGAAACUGAUUCCCUUGGAAAGGAUAAAAGUAUUUCCGAUCCAGCGAAAGUUAUUCCAGUUCCAUUGGAUAUCGUUGAGAAUUUAACUAAACGAGGAUCAGCUUUAACGAAAGAUAAUCUUUUAAUCAACAACAAUAAAGAUAAACAACAGGUAAUUAAGCAAAUUGAUUCGAAUAACAUUAAACUAACCGGAGGAAAAAAUCAACCGACGAAAAGUGUCAAAUUGGUCACAAGUAACGGUGAAAAUGCUGGAGUGUCACCAAUGCCGAAAGAGAUCAUUUCUGGACCAAUUUCCGUAGCUCCGAUUAAACAACCCACCGUGUUACCUUUACCACCGGCGGCUAAUACAUCAACACACUCGUCCUCUAACACUACGACAACAACAACAACCAAACCAACAAAAACAUCGGCAACGAUUUCAACUCCAAUUCCAAGUAAUGUAACAUCACCUGAAGCCACUAAAUUGUUAUCAAUACCAACGACGAUAAUUACAGUUAACACAACUAAUCCAUCGGCAAUUAAUGUGAACAAUACGAUGACAACAACAACAUCAACUCCAAAAACUGUAACAAUAUCGACAAGUGUAACAACCACAUCAACGAAAACAUCAACAGUGACCACCGAUAGUAAAGGUGUGACAAUGUCCACCAAAGAGGUUCCAUUGAAAGGUAAACCCACCGAUGAGAAUGGUAAAAGUGAAACUAAACCCGUGGUGGAUAAAGAUGACAAGAAGAGUGUGAAAAUAACAAUUGAAGAUACAAUUGGAUCUCUAAAGGAUAAGAAAGUAAUUGAAAGUGUCCGUUCAAUGGUGGGAAUGACCGGUGGUGAUGAUGAUGAUUCAGAUUCUGAAACUGAUUCAAUGGAUCCCGCGAAAAUGGACUCACCAAGUGAUGUUAAAUCUUCACCAGCAACAAAAUCUCCCGGUGGUGGUGGUAAAGAUAAAGAUACAUUCAAAUCUGACCUCGGGCUAAAUGGUAAAUCUUUAAUUUCACCUUCGCAAAGGUUAAUAGCAUUGUGUCGACGUGAGGAGUGGCUUGCGGUUGACACUUUACUACACCAAACGGAUCCGUCGUUUUUUGAUGUAAACAUCGUUGCCGAAGGUAACUUAUGGACGCCGUUGAUGUUUGCAGCGAGAGACAAUCGGGUAAAUGUGAUUGAGAAAUUAAUUGACAUUGGUUACAAUAUUAACUCUAGAGCAGUUGACGGAGUGACGGCUCUUCAUUUGGCCUGUGCUCAUGCAAGGGAGGAUACAAUUAGAUUGUUAUUAUCCCGAGGAGCUGAUCCCUUAAUUGCUGGAGGUCCUAAAGAUCAAUUACCCGUCCAUGUAAUUGCCAUGAAACAAACUGGAGCUGCCGUUGCACCGUUACAAUUAUUAUUAAGAUCAACACCUAAAUCUAUGAGGUUAAUUGCUGAUAAGGAGGGUAAUAUACCAUUGAUUUUGGCCGCCGAGUGUGGUAAUCAUGGUGUUUGUCGGGAACUAUUAACAGCCCAAGCGAAAGAUCAACUUACCGCUCGAAAGCCUGGAACCGAAGACAGUGUUAUCCAUAUUGCGACUCGACGGAAAGACACUUUACUACUUCAGUGUUUCAUUAAUCAUGGAGGAGAUACGAACAUGCAGAAUGCUUAUGGACAAACUCCUCUUCACAUCGCAUCUCAAGAUGGCGAUGAGAAUAUAGUUAAGUUCCUUCAUGAAUCGGGUGCGAACGCGAAUCUAACUGAUCGCGAGGAAAGAACUGCCCUUCAUUUGGCCACCGAACAUGGACAUUCUCGAAUAGUUGAUCUACUUACUGAAAGAUUUCGAGCCAAUGUCAACCUAAGAACAAAAGAUGGAAACACAUUAAUGCAUAUUGCAUCUCGAUGUGGUCACUCAACGACAGCAUUACAUUUCCUAAGGAAAGGAGUUCCACUUCAUAUGCCCAAUAAGGAUGGUUCUAAAGCGAUUCAUAUGGCAGCUUCGAGAGGUCAGAUUGAGAUUAUCCGUCAAGUCUUGAAAAGUGGUGAAUCAAUUGACAUUAAGAACAAUGCUGGACUUACACCAUUACAUUUGGCUGUUGAAUCAGGUCAAGAUCCGGUGGUUGAAUUGUUAUUAGGUUUCGGGGCCUCUGUUCAUGUCAAGACAACCUUUGACCUGGAAACACCGCUUCAUAUUGCUGCUCGAACCAAGGAAGGAGCGACUUGUGCCAAAUUGCUCAUCAAAAGUGGUGCCAAUGUUAAUGCCACUGAGAAGAAUGGUGAGACACCACUUCAUUUAGCGGGAAAAUCUGGUUUCCAUGAUAUAUUUAAAUUGCUUCUCGAAGCGGGUUCAGAUGCUGGUCUUCAAAAUAAUUCCGGUGAAAAUGUCCUUCACACUGUGGUCAAGGAAGGUCACUUUGCGAUUGCAAGGUUACUUAUUGAUUAUAUUAUCCGUCGAGAUACUAGAGAAGUGGCUGAGAAAUUAGUCAAUCAAAAAAAUAAGAAUGGUGAAAGUUCAGUUCAUUAUGCUGCAGCAAUUAAACCAAAUGGAAAUAGAUCAAGUAAUGAAGAUCGAGCUCUAAUGAAUUUACUUCUUAAACAUGGUGGAGAUGUUAAUUUAGGAACAAAUGAGACUCAGGAAAACGCUGUUCAUUUUUGCUCAAAAUCGGGUAACACAAACGUACUACGAGAAAUAAUUUGUCAAUUACCUCCAAUCGAAGCUCAAGUUGUUUGCAAUAAACCAUCAAAGAAUGGUCAAACUCCGUUAUUAUAUGCAUCUAAUUCUGGUUAUCCAGAGAUAAUUGAGAUUCUAUUACAGCAAAAUGCUCGUGUUGAUGUUUUCGAUGAUAGAGGUCGAGCUGGGUUACAUUUGGCCGCUGAACUUGGACGAUUAGAUGUUGUUGAUAUUUUAUUAGCUAAUAACGCUUUUGUUAACGUUCGUAAUAAAACUGGAAUGACCCCCUUACAUUUAGCCGCUAAAAUGGGCUACAAUGAGAUGGUCAAGCAUUUGGUCACCAAGUAUGGUGCUCAUUUGGAUGCAAUGACUUUGAACAAACAAACUCCGCUUCAUUUGGCCGCUGAAUAUGGUAAACUUGAAGUUUGUAGCACUUUACUUGGUAUGAAAGCCGAUAUCAAUGCGAUGGACAAUCAAGCACAAACACCUCUACAUUUGGCUGCUCAAAGUGACCAUCCUGAUGUAUUGAAAUUAUUUUUACAAUAUCGACCUGAAUUAGUUUCCGUUCCCAAUAAAAAUGGUUUCACUUGCGCUCAUAUCGCUGCGACCAAAGGAUCUGUUGCUGUACUCAAAGAGCUCAUGAAAUUUAAUGUUGAAGUCGUUAAAUCGGCAAGAGUUAAGAAAACUGGGUCAACUGCCCUUCACAUGGCAGCUGAAGGUGGACACACCAAAGUUGUCAGACUUUUACUUCAAUCUGGUGCAAAAGCUUCAGAUGAAAAUUUGGAAGGAAUGACCCCACUUCACCUCGCUGCUAAACAAGGUCAUCUACGGGUUUUACAUGCACUGAAAGGUGCCGUUGAUUGGAAGAUAUGUUCAAGAAAAACGGGAUUCACGGCUCUUCAUGUCGCUGCCGCUUAUGGACAAACCGAUUUCGUUAGUGAGAUGUUAACACAAGUUCCUGCAAAUAUAUUAAGUGAAAAACCAUUAGCUGAUCCUGGUUCUGAUUACGGGAUUACACCUCUUCACUUGGCAGCCCAAAAUGGCCAUGAAAGUGUCGUUCGAUUGCUAAUGAACAGUACCGGUGUUCAAGUUGAUGCACCGACUCGAGUUCAUGGAAGUAUUCCAAUGCACUUGGCAGCUCAGGGAGGUCACAUGUUGGUCGCUGGUCUUUUAAUCAGUCGAUCGGGUGACUCGUUAAUGUCCAGGGAUAGACAAGGACGAACCUGUGUCCAUUUAGCUUCAGCUUCAGGUCAUCGCGAUAUGGUUGGCCUUUUAUUAGGUCAAGGAGCAGAAAUCAAUUCUCAAGAUAAGAAAGGAUGGACUCCCCUUCAUUAUGCCUCAAGGCAUGGUUACCUUUCAGUCGUUCAAUUGUUAGUCGAAAGUGGUGCCGAUCCAACGGCCACAAGUAAGGACAAUAAAGUCCCACUUUGCUGUUCAGCUUCCGCUGGACAUUACGAUGUCCUUAGUUAUCUACUUAAUAAAGAACACGAUUCCCUUCAACUGAUGGAUGAUAAAAUGUUUCUACUUGACCUGAUGAACUGUUCAAAGAAUCAUGAUAACAAACCUAUUCGGGAAUUCGUCCUAGUGUCCGAAGCUUGUAUUGACACUGCGGUUAAAUUGGCUCGACAAUAUGAAAAUUUAGCCGCUCGAGAAAAGGAGCGAGCUCGUGAUCUGGAAACGGCUUCCGCUUAUUGUGAUUCAAUUGCAAUCGAUUUACUUUCAAUCGCUGCAACGACCAACAAUGCUGGCGCUUUGUUACGAGCAACUGACCAUAAGAAUACUGAAUUUCUGGAUGUUCUAAUUGAAUUAGAUCGUAAAGAUGUCGUCUCCCAACACGCGGUACAAAAAUACUUGACCGAUGUUUGGAUGGGAAACUUACGAUGGCCUGGACUUAAAUUCGUUGCACUUUUUUUCUCGUUUCUUGUUUGCCCGAUAAUUUGGAUAAUCGUCUCAACACCAAUUGGACAUCGACUCCAUCGAAUACCAAUAAUUAAAUUCAUGUCCUAUUUAACAUCGCACAUAUUUUUCAUCUGUGUCCUUGUUUACACAACCGUUUUUCCUGGUACGGCACUUUACGAGUACGAGGAUACGAUUCCCCUUUGGAACGAGUGGCUUUUAACCCUUUGGCUUAUCGGCAUCGCCGUUUCCGAUAUGAUCAAUCCCUCAGAUAAAUCGGGUCUUGGUGGGAUUAAGGUUCUAAUAUUAGUGAUUGGUUUCACUGCGGUUGCCGUUCACGGGAUAACCUUUAUUUUAGAUGAAUAUGUUUUCGAUCGGCAACAAAUCAUCUUAGAUGACCUUUGGCAUAUUCGUCGGCUUGAUAUACUUUACAUUCGUAAUCAACUUCUGGCCGUGGCCAUGUUACUUUCUUUCAUUGAAUUUCUUAACUUUCUUACCUUUCACCCUCUUUUCGGACCUUGGGGUGUAAUUAUUCAAGAACUUAUUCAAGAUCUACUUCGUUUCUUGGCCAUAUUAUCAAUCUUCUUGUCCGGUUUUACCCUUCACAUUUGUGCCAUUUAUCAGCCCGUUUAUCGAGCACCCGAAAGCUGGAAUAUGACCCAAAUACCAAUCGGUCAACAUUUCCUUAAACCUGGUAAAUCAUUUGAAAUGCUUUUCUAUGCUCUUUUUGGCCUCGUUGAACCGGACACUAUGCCCCCUAUGCACUUAUCGCCCGAUUUUGCCAAAAUCAUAAUGAAACUUGUAUUCGGUAUCUACAUGAUGGUUACCGUAAUUGUGUUAAUCAAUCUGUUAAUCGCCAUGAUGUCCAAUACUUAUCAACGAAUUGAAGCUCAAUCAGAUAUCGAAUGGAAAUUUGGUCGAGCUAAGUUAAUACGAAACAUGAAUCGAACCCUAUCAACACCAUCACCAAUUAAUCUAAUUCUCGGUUUACCAAUAUUAGCUUUCCACAAAUUAAGCGAUAAAAUGCAUCAAGAUAAAAUUAAAGAAAUGGCUUUGGCUAAAAAAGCCUUUGGUCAUUUAACUUCCCAACGUCCGAGUGUAAUUGCCGCUCGAACGUUAUUGUCUCGUAAAUCGUCACGACUUUCGGGUACAACCCAGAUGACCAGUCACUUUGGUAUGUCCAUUUUGGAGGCUGCACUUCACGAAUCAAAGCCAAUCGCUGAAGUCGUUAAUUGGCCUUUAAUUGUUCAAAAGUAUUACGAAUCAAUUGGUGUUGCCUCACCUUCAUCGGGCGCUGAUCAAGACGAGCCGAUGGAUGAUACUUCAAAUGGUUGAAAUUAAAUCAAUUAAAUCAUAACAAUCGAUUAAUUUACUUAUUGGGUUGAAAUUGAUUCUAAUUGACUUUUAAUUGCGAUUGACAAAGUUUAUCAUUAAGACUCCAAUCUUAAUAUUAAUCCAAUUACAAAUUUGAGAAAUUAUUUUUUAUCUUCAUCAACAAUUGGAUUAAUUUUGUUGUUUUCAUUUACCAAUUAUUGUUGGAGAUUAAUUGUUAAUCAAUUGUAAUUUCUAUUAAUUAACCUUAAGCUUGUUACACAUUAUGAGCAAUGAAGCUCUGAUUAACUAAUUAACUAUUUCAACGAUUGUUAUUUUAAAUUAACUAAUCAUUUUCUCUGCUCUCUCUUUUAAUUGUUGUUCUACUAAUUAAAGAUACAAUUGUGCUUUCGAUUGUAUAUAAAAUGAUUAACUAAUCACUGAUCUGUGGAGAUGAGCUAAUUCAUGUUAACGAAACAAAAAAAAUAAAUAAU